AUGGAUGAUCCUGAAGUAAAAAAUAAACUCAAGAUGCAAGCUUUAAUUUACCCACUUCUACAAUUGAUUGUUAUGGACUCACCAUCCUAUAGGGAAAAUGAACAUGGGAUCAUAUUGACAAAAGCCCUGUUCCUGAAAUUUAUAACCAAUGGCUUUAUCAUUAAUGAACCCUUUGAUCAGGCCUUCGCAGCCAACCAACACAUACCCGCCAAAUUUAGCCACGUCUUCAAGUUUGUCAACUGGAGUCUUCUGCUUCCUGAGAGGUUUAAAAAAGGCCAUGUUUAUACCAACCCAAUUUAUGGAAGUUCUGAGAUAGUAGAAAAAUUUCCAGUGCUUGUGGAUGACAGAGUCUUCCUUUUAUUGGCUGAUGAUUCAACAUUACGUCGAUUACCAUUAAUUUACAUCAUCACCUGUGAGCAUGACGCCGUAAGAGAUGAUGGGCUCAUGUAUGUUUCUCGCCUACGCAGAAAUGGAGUCCAAGUUAUCCAUGACCACAUUGAAGAUGGGUUCCAUGCAUCUCUCUUCUUCACAACACCUCCAGUUACUUUAGAUGUUAGCUUUAAGUUAAUAAGUCUAUACCUGAGAAGGAUAGAUGAAAAUUUAUAA